AUGGCUGACCGAUUCCCUUCGCUCGAGGACUUCGAUUCCGGAGCGCAAACCGAUAUCAAGGAAGCUUCCGACGAGCCCUCUGCUGAAGACUUCCUCGCUAGAGAAAAGGCUCUCCUUGGCGAUGAUGCGAACCAGUUCACGACAAGUGAUGACGCAAACGUAUUAGCCGACGCUGGUGGAGAUCUCCUGGGCGAGAGCAACGCCGCGGCAUCGACCUUUGAGUCCCAAUUCCCAGACCUUGCCAGUCCAACUGCUGGCUUCGCUGGAGUGGAUGGAAACAUCAUGACCGGCCCGUCUGUGAGCUACAACUCGGGUUACCAGUCAUACGCUGUCGAUGAGGAGGAGCCGGAAGUCAUCAAGCAGUGGCGCGAGGCCCGCGAUGCGCAGAUUGCAAAGAGAUCCGAGCAAUUCGCCGCUCAGCGAGAGGAAACGAUACAGGAAGCUCAACGGAACAUUGAUGACUUCUAUGAAAACUACAACUCCAAAAAAGAGAAGGGCAUUGCGCAGACGCGCAAGGAGGCGGAGGAAUUCCUUGCCAACAGGGAGGAUACGGUUUCUGGUGGCACAAGCUGGGACCGCAUUGCUAAACUCGUGGAUGUCAGCGGAAAGGGGGCCAAGGGCGGAGCCUCCGGAUCUGGCAAAGAGCGUUUCCGCGAAAUGCUGGUGAGCCUGCGCAAAGAUGAGAAGGCUCCUGGCGCAACCGGCUACUAA